AUGGCAUCCUUCCAGAUCCAAGACUCUGACCUAACAGGCUUCCAGGGCAAAAUUGCCGUCGUGACGGGUGGGUCAUCAGGCAUCGGCCUCGCCACAGCUGAGCUAUUGGUCUCUCUAGGCGCACUAGUUGUUGUUGGUGAUAUUCAAGCACCACCGGCGUCUGUGGCUGAUUGUCACUUCGUCCAACUCGAUGUCAGGCGCUGGAACGAUCUUACGAAACUUUUCAAAUCCGCGAAAGAAAAGCAUGGUCGAGUUGACUUUGUAUUCGCUAAUGCCGGCAUUGGACCAAGGGCGAACUAUCUGGCUCUUGACGUCGACGAGAACGGCGAUCCAAAGGAACCAAAUGAGGACACCCUAGAUAUCAACCUGGACAGCGUGGUCAAGACCGUUACGCUUGCUACUCAUUACAUGAAGGACCAGGCCGAGGGUGGAUCUAUUGUCAUCAUGGGGUCCAGCACCGGCUUGCAUCCCGUCCGAGCAGUUGAUUAUUCGACGGCUAAAGCGGGUGUUCUAGGCUUUGGUAGGAGUUUCGCCCUUUUGGUGGAAGCUGCUGGUCUUCCUAUCCGUGUCAACACACUCGCCCCUUCAUGGACAGCAACUCAAGUCUUGCCCAAUCUGAAGGGCCUUCUAGAUGCGGUUUCAGAGAACUGCCAGUCUACCGCAGUGGUUGCCCGGGCUGCCGCAUAUCUGAUGGUGGACAAGUCUCGCCGCGGAGAUCUCAUCUUUGUCUGCGAUGGUAAAUACACAGAAAUCGAGAAAUCUGUGCUCGCGCCAGCGUAUGCAACCAUCAAGGGAGAUGGACCGAGUGACGACGCCGUACUUGCAAAGGUUAUGGCUCUAGGUAGUUAG